AUGAUAGAGUACACCGAACUUUCGCCUGGGUUGCUGCCCGUCGGCAACGACGAUGGCUACAAGCUGUCGGACACGUGGCGCCCCAAGUACCGCUCUUCACGGUUCGUUUCUUCGAAAUUAGGCAAACACCGCUGCACCCCGAAGCAAGUGUUGACUGCUCCUGAAGCGGCGUUUCCCUCUCUCUUUGUGCAGGCGGGCGACGCCUCUGCGGCGACGUCUCCCGGGCGGUUCAUCUCGGCCCGCGACUCGAACCGAGGAGAACCGACUCCAUAG